CACAUGGCUUGCAAAGACAACUCGUUAUCUAAAAAUCUAGAUCUAAUACUAUCAUCUAGAGUCACUAGAUUAUAGACCUCUACUAGAUCUAAUCUAUAGUUUAUUUAUUAAGUAAUUUAUAUUCUUACUUUAGAUCUAGAAUCUAGAUUUUGUUUAAAAGUUUAAUUUAAAGACAGGUAAUUGAGCCUGAGUAACCAUGGCAGACGCUAGUCCAGACUCAUACUUCAAUAGCUAUGCUGAUCUUGGAGUACAUGCACUGAUGAUUAAAGACUGGCCUCGCACUGCUACUUACAGAAAUUUCUUUGAAAACAACAGAGAUUUUGUGAAAGGCAAAGUGGUUUUGGAUGUAGGUGCUGGAACUGGCAUAUUGUCCCUCUUUGCUGCAACUGCUGGUGCUAGAAAAGUAUAUGCUGUAGAAGCCAGCAGUGUGGCCUGUCUGUGUCAGGAAAUAGUGGAGGAGAAUCACCUAGAAAACAUAAUUGAAGUGAUCCAUGGUGCAGUGGAAGACAUUUCUCUACCAGAAAAGGUGGACAUUAUUGUAUCAGAGUGGAUGGGCUUUUACCUGCUUCAUGAGUCUAUGCUUGACUCUGUCAUCAUUGCUCGAGAUAAAUUUCUAGCCCAAGAUGGAGUUAUGGCCCCUUCUCAUGCCACCUUAUACCUGGCUCCUGUGGACAUGUCUGACCAUUUCCAAGAAAGGGCAGAAGAAUGGAGCAACAUCUUUGGCUAUGAUCUCUCCCCCUUGGCCUCUCAGCUUAACAUAGCAGAUGUGUCGAAGCCUCUAAUCAAGUGCAUUAAAUCUGAGUCUGUGAAGGCUGAGUCUCAGACUGUGUUCACUCUGGAUUUAAAGAGAGUGACAGUUGACGAUGUCAGAAGUUUCACCUCUUCGCUCCUGUUUUCUGUGAAGCAGGACUCUAAAAUAUUUGGUUUCGCUGCUUGGUUUGAUGUAUACUUUUAUAUUGAGGGUAACAAAUGUAAGGAAAUGACAUCCACAGCCAUGAAUAGAGAAAGCUUAGAGAAAAAUACAGGAGACAGCAACACUGACAAUUUGAGCCCAUCAUCCAAAAAUAAUAAACUCACAGAGAAACCAUCAACUAGCAAAGAUUCUCCCACUGUGAAUAAUAAUUCAAAAACAUUUCAAGAGCUUCUACAGUUAAAUCCUGCUCAGAUUCUAUCCUUGAAGACUGGCCCCCAAGAUCCUCCUACGCACUGGAAACAGACUAUUAUUAUUCUUCCACAAGCAAUCCUGGUAGAAGGUGGCACUGAGGUCUAUUGCCGGUUAAGUAUGGCUCAAAGUCCAGAAAACAAACGUCAUUAUAACAUUACUCUUAAACUUGAUGAUGACAGUAAUGAAGAAGACAGUUGUGAAGAAUUUGAAGAUUCAUCUUACUGCGCUAAUACUUUUGAUUUUGAAGAGCCUACUGACCAUCCAGUGCCUUGUUGUUGUGGGUCUGACCGAUGUGUUCUGAUUUCCACCCUAAUAAAGAAAAUGGAUGACGAAGAGAAACUCAUGCAAGAUGAGGUUGAUAGUAUUCAGCAAGAAGUACAGGUUGAAACACACCAACAGCUAAAUGCAGAGAUUACAAAAGACUGGCAGCUAGACUCAAGUAAAUCUUCACAAUCAUUGGAGGAUGAUAGCAACUUGAUUGAGGAUGGUCUUCCACCUAGUUGAUGUAUUAGAGUUAAUUUCAUAUUUUGUUAUUGUUUUUAUUAUACAUAAGAAAAAAUAGCACUAGGGCAAAUUUAAUUAGCAAAACUGUGUUAGUUUGGACGAAAAAGUUUACUUCCAGCUGUCAGCAGCAGAUAAAUGUUGCCCACAAAUGUAUGUUCUUCCAAUUUCUUUGGCUGUUUUUUUCAUAGUAAUUAGUGCUUUCAAUGUGCUACUUUUAACUUAAACUUUUGGGAAAAAAAAAGUAAGCAUUACCUUAAAUAUCACUACUGUAUUUACAUAUAUGCAAAUUAAUUUUUAUUUGUAUGUUACAAAAAUUGUUUGUUUCUUUUGUUUAUAUAAAAAAAAAAAAGUUGAAUAAAAUUAAGAAUAUCAUCA